AUGAUGGAGAGCAAGAUUUCGAGCCGUCUGGAAGAAGAGGCAAGGAUUGGAAGAGAAGAUUGGGCUCGGGAUAACCAACGCCCUGCCGUGAAUUUCGUUGAUCUGAAUUCGGAUUAUUUUGAACAAGAGACGCUCACAAAACCAUUAGCGCUAGCAAGUGCGACAAAAGGAAACUUACCAAGAAAUGGUACAGAAGCAAUGAAAGAUCCUACCUGGCACGCCUCAAUGUGUACCGAGAUGAAGCAAUUCAGCGAACGAAAAGUAUGGAAGCUUGUGUCGCUACCACCAGGAGAGGUGGCAAUCGAUGGGAUGUGGGUUUUUGACAUAAAGGUGGACGGAGACGGGAGGGAAGUGAAACGCAAAGCGAGAUACGUGGCACGGGGUGACCAGAUGGUGGAAGGACGUGAUUUCGGAACAAAAUGGGCCAUGGUGGCCCGAAUGGAGUCCGUUCGGAUGGUAUUUGCGGUUGCCGCAGUCAAGAAUCUGAAAGUACGGCAGUGGGACUUCUCCGGAGCAUAUCUCAAUGGCGAAAUGGACCGACCUGUUUACAUGAAACAACCAAGAGGCUUCGAGAAGACGGGGGAAGAGGAAAAAGUCUGUCUUCUUCUUCGGCCUCUCUACGGACUAGUCCAGGCCGGCCAUAUCUGGUACAAACUUCUUGCUUCGGGUUACAAGAUGCUGGGAUACUCCGAAAACGCUGCCGAUCCAUGUGUCAGAACGCGACAGCAAGGCGAUGACUAUACCUUAACAACGACCCACACGGACGAUGUUCUUGGCGCCUCCUCCAGUAAUACGGAGAGCGACCGGGUAGUGAAGGAGUUCUCCGAGAAGUGGGACUUGAAAGAGGUCGAUUUGAAUCUGUUGCUUGGACUCACGAUCGAAAAAUUGCCAGAUGGAUCUAUUUCGAUCUGUCAGCAACAAUACUUCGAAAAAGUCCUUGAAUACUUUGGAUACUCAAACCUGCCGCCGUUAUCAACUCCACUGCCUCCGGGAUAUCAGAUCCGAGCAUUGCCUUCACCCUUACCUCGAGAAGAUGCUGCGUACAUGCAGGGAAAACCAUUUCGCCAAAUUCUCGGAUCCAUUGUAUGGGGGAGCAGCGGGACUCGACCCGAUCUAGCAUACGCGUGCUCAGUGCUCGGACACGUCCAAGCGAAUCCCGGACCCGAACAUUGGAGCCUGCUGAUUGGUGUACUCAGAUAUAUCAAAGGAACGCUGGAUUACGGGAUCAGAUACACCCCAGGAGGCACUCAACCGGGAGGUGGAAUCAAACCGCUAGGAUUCGUCGACUCAGAUUGGGCCGGCUGUGUUGAUACGCGACGAUCCACAGCUGGAUAUAUCUUCUUUAUGGCUGGUGCACCCGUGGCUUGGUCGUCUAAGCGACAGGCUGUGGUUGCGCUGUCAUCAACUGAAGCAGAAUAUAUAUCGCUUGCGCGUGCAUCGCAACAGGCCAUCUGGAUGAAAAACUGGCUGUCCCAAAUAUUCCUACCUCAAGAGCUGCCUAUUCCCCUCCUCGGAGACAAUCUCGGGUCCAUUAGUCUCACGGAAACCACCAAGGGUCAUGGUCUCGCGAAACACAUCGACAUUCGAUACCACUAUAUUCGUGAUCGCGUCAGCGAAGGAGAAAUCUCAAUCACGUCUGUUCCCGGAAAGGAGAACGUCGCAGACAUCCUUACCAAGUCGCUUGGACGUGUCGACCAUGAGCGCAUAUGCCAUGCCUUGGGCUUGGAUUGGAAGCGCGCUGCACGCCAGGGGGAGUGUUGA